AUGACACGUGCAACACGACAAAAAGAAAAGGAGGAGGAACAGGCCGGACGUCGCGCGACAAGGAGGCUGUCUCAACAGACUGAUAGGGAGGGUGGUGGCGGCUCUAAAGGUACUAAUGCAUCCGCCGCGCGUGGCAGAGUGGUGAAAAAAUUGGCGGGAAAAAAGGCCGCGUUUGGACAGGAGAAGUCCGGCAAGAAGGCGGAAGAGAAGGAGAAGACUGCUACUACUGCCACAUGGAGCGAGUCCGAGGCGGAGGCAUCCCAACACGGACUGACGCUUCUCCAGCCGACCGUGGUCGAAGUUUCUGCUGCCGUGGUGGAUAAGGCCAAGGCGGGGGAACACAGCAUCUCCGACGUAGGUGGCUCUCCUCCUUCUGGUGGACGUGGGAGGCGUAGGCAAAGGAAGAGCGAUGGGGAAGAAGAGUAUGACACCGCCGUGCCCGGGAACAUCAAUACGCGGUCGAAGAGGCGGCAGACAAGCCGCGGUGCUGACGACGCCGGUGGUGCGGAAGUUGGGACAACACGAGGCGCCAGGGAAGCAAGUGGCCAGGCGACGGGUCAUGCAUUGCGCAAGCAGGGCCGACCCGCAGCGAGGAGAACAUCCGGCGGAAUGAGGGGCAAGAAAUAUAAGGGGAAUGCGGGGGAUGAGGAGGAGGAGGCUGAGGAGGAGGAGGAUGCGGAGGAAGAGGAGGAUGAAGAGGAUGCGGAGGAGGAGGACGCGGAGGUUGGGGAGGAAGAAAAGGAUGAGAAUGAUGACGAGGAGGACGAAGAGGAGGAGGAGGAGGAGGAGGAGGAGGAGGAGGAGGAGGAGGAGGAGGAGGAGGAGGAGGAGGAGGAGGAGGACGAGGAGGGGGGCGACGAGGAUGAGGAGGAGGCGGAGGAGGAGGAGGAGGAGGAGGAGGAGGAUGAGGAGGAGGAGGAGGAGGAGGAGGAGGAGGAGGAGGAGGAGGAGGAGGAGGAGGAGGAGGAUGUGGCGGCAGCAUUGGGCCACCGGUAA